CUCAUUACAAAACUGACCGUGCUCGAGUGUGGACGUGUUUGCUCCCGCGGUCCUUCCGCGGCAUCAAGAAGAGAGAAAAAAAGUUUAGUGUGAGCAGCAGCAAGAAGAAGAGCUCACAAGUGGCGGCGUCCCACGCCAUCAGAAGAAAAACUAGUUUACAAAAGUGAAUUUCCCGUUUCUAGUGUAAACCAGCACUAGAAUUAAACGUGCCACUCAUUGCGGAAAGCCAUCCAAGCCACACGCCACAAGAUGGCGGACGACGAGCAGUUUUCGUUGUGUUGGAACAACUUCAACACGAACCUCUCAGCCGGAUUCCAUGAAUCCCUCAUCCGGGGCGACCUGGUCGACGUGACGCUGGCGGCCGAGGGCCAGCUCGUCAAGGCGCACCGGCUCAUCCUGUCCGUGUGCUCGCCCUACUUCCGGAAGAUGUUCACCCAGAUGCCGGCCAACCAGCACGCAUUCAUCUUCCUGAAGGACGUCAGCCACUCGGCUCUCAAGGAUCUCAUCCAGUUCAUGUACUGCGGGGAGGUGAACGUGAAGCAGGAUGCCCUGCCGGCGUUCAUCAGUACGGCGGAAGCGCUGCAAAUCAAAGGACUGACUGAAACGGGAGAAAGCGCCCCCGCCCAACAAUCGCCCGCCAAAGACUCCACCUCCCACCACCACCUGCCCUCGAGUGGGGCUGCGACGUCGACGGCGUCUUCGCCGCGGGUGAAACCGCUCCAGAGGACGCGAAUCCAGUCGUACAAGCUCGACUCGGACGACGGCGGCAGCAGUGACCACGAGAAAGUAGUACAAAUCCAGGCCGGGCCCAGUCCGGCCACCCUCGUUGCGGCGGCCUCGAGCAGUGGCGCCACGACGACCCUGGUGACGCACGCCGUCAGCGCUGCACCGCAGCAGGUGCAAAUCAUGACCACCGUGCCGACCGUCUCUCAAGCCACCAAACGCACCGUUACCCAGCGAGCCUCGAUCACCCCGCAAACGACCCAGAUCAUGAAACGAGCCAAGAUGUCCGACCCACUGGAAGCGUCCGAACCGGCCCAGAUCCAAACGGUCCAGAUCGUCAAGCAAAUCACUCAGACCAGCGCACAGUCCACGGCCACCGCAGCGACCGCCUCCUCGGAACCGGAAUACGUCGAAAUGCCAAUCGAAACCAUCAACCCCAAGGCAGAGCCCGAGUACGCGGACGACCCGUCCGAGGUGGAGGCCAUCGACGCGGAACACGACCAGGAACAAGCCCUCGCAGACCAGGAACACGACCACGACCAGGAAGCCGACGACUCUGCCAACUACGUCGAGGACGAAACGUACGGCGACAUGAGCAAGUACGACGAGUCCUACUUCACGGAAGGCGACGACGCCAAGGCCGGAGCGUCCGGAUUCGGCAGCGAGUCGUACACCGAGGGCGGCGCCGCAGACCAGGCAGCACAAGGUAGGUCCCGCUAGCCCAGCGCUAACAUCCCCCGGCGGGAAUCAGUGGCCGCGGCGGCCGUUGUCGUACCCAGGUCCAGUUCUCCCUUUGCAAUGUUCUUCAAAAUACCUGAUCUGUUGCGUCCCCACAAAGCUAGCGUUAGGGCCACACACACACCAACACAUACUCUAACUCCCCUUACACAGAUUAGGUGGGGAUUCGAGGGGCCACUAACAAACCUCCCACUCCCCCUCCCCUGGAAGCUGAUUCUAUCAAGGCGCUGAGAGUGAAAAGUGUUAAAUUAUCCUCUAAACAGUGCAAGUGUAAACAAAAGUAGUGUUUCUCAAAGUGAUUGCCAGCGCCCAACGGUUUCGUCGCGGAUUUGCGCAAGGUACGUCCCCCCUCUAAAAACGAAAAAUGCCCCCUCAGCAACUGGAUCAGGUAUCGCUAGGUUCGCUUUUAAUUCGCGGCUUGACUUGCCUUCCCAAAAUCGAUCGAUUGAAAUCGCGCACAGACCACACGGUACAGACGGCCGCCGACCAAUACUCCUUCCCGCCAGCCAUCCGGAAAGUUUCGGUGCGUGCGUUAGGCGAUCACCGAACAAGCUCUUGAAGGUCGCGCCCGCACCGGGACCGGGUACGGAUCGCAAUUACCCCCAAAAAUCUAGCUUGUAAGUGAUCACAAGUCCCCCCCUUUAAAGUCUUCUGUCACACUAAAUACGAAGUAGACGCGCGAUCAAGAAGUUUCGAAAGCGGGUUCGAACGGACCUACACUUGAUCGACGCGCUCUGCGGGUGUCAACUUCGGGUUCUCGUUACCGUUUUCGGGUCGUAAACUGCGCUGAUGCCGUCUGUCAAAAGUGGACGAUUUGUCGAAGGGCAAAGCGUCACCGUUAAUUAUAUCUGCUAAGCAUUGAACAGAGCGAAAGUUCCGUUGAAUGUGAGUGAUUU